AAGAAAAGAAAAGAUAAUACGAGUAAUAAAAACUGAAACAAAAAAAUCACAUCCAAAAUUCAAUCCUAUACACAAAUCAAUCAAUCAAUCAAUCAAUCGGGUGCAAGCGGUGCAAUUUUAUUCUGUUUGUAUCUUCAUACUUAUCGUUGCUUAAGAAGUCUUUGAAGGUUGGUUUAAACAUGGAAGGAAUAGGGAGUGAUGCUGCUUCCCCAAUGGCACCAUUGGCUAAGUGGAAAGCUGAAUUCGCUAGGGCGUUUCAGUUUUAUUUGGAUAAGUCAACCCCGCUUCCUGUUCAUAGGUGGCUCGGGACGCUUGCUGUUGCUUCAGUUUAUGUGUUGCGGGUCUAUUAUCUUCAAGGGUUUUAUAUUAUCUCUUAUGGUCUUGGAAUCUAUAUCUUGAACUUGUUGAUUGGAUUUCUCUCACCAAAGGUUGAUCCAGAGCUGGAAGCUUUGGAUGGCGCUGCUCUGCCUACUAAAGAGUCAGAUGAAUUUAGGCCUUUUAUCCGCCGCCUUCCAGAGUUCAAGUUUUGGUAUGCCAUCACGAAGGCUUUCAUUGUUGCCUUCUUGAUGACGUUCUUUUCUCUAUUUGAUGUUCCUGUUUUCUGGCCAAUACUGCUCUGCUAUUGGAUUGUCCUAUUUGCUCUCACUAUGAAGCGUCAAAUCAUGCACAUGAUUAAAUACAAAUAUGUCCCAUUUAACAUUGGCAAGCAGAAAUAUGGUGGAAGGAAGUCGCCUGUAGCCGGUGGUUCACCAAGUCACCGAGGUUGAAGGAGCGGUCGAGUAGGAUUCAUAAUAGCAUAGUAGUAUUAGCCUAUUAGUUCGUUCUUUUCAUCCCUCGUUUUUAGCUCUCCAUUAUAGAAGCAAAACCUUUUGGAGUUCUAGUAUUACAAGAGCAAAUCAUUAUCUUUUGAGAUUACGUGAUUCCCUAAUAAUAAUAGUGUCUGCUGGUUUA